GCAAUCCGGACAGUCAUUCUUUCCUUCUUCUCCCGGAAUCGGGAAAAGCUUGCAUUUGAAAAGCAUGGCUCAGUUGUUUUGCAGAGUUGUACUACUUCUGUUAUGGUCUGCACUUUCCGGAGAGGCUUCGAGUUACGAAUAUUAUAGCAGUUCCAUUAAACAGCAGUCCGGAAAAUCUCGUCAUAAAUUAUUGCUCAUUCUUUUGGAUGGAUUUAGGUGGGAUUAUCCCGACCGAGAUAAAGGACUUCCUGGUUUUAGGAGAUUAGCGGAGAAUGGCGUGCGUGCGCCUUAUGUCACUCCGAUUUUUCCGUCUAAUUCUUAUCCCAACUGGUACACUAUUGUUACAGGACUGUAUGCAGAGAAUCAUGGAUUUGUACAAAAUAUGAUGUAUGAUUCUUACUUUGAUGAUUUUUUCUUAAUGGGACCAAAUGAUACUGCGUCCACUCCUCAUUGGUGGGACAAAGCUGAGCCUUUAUGGAUAACGGCAGAAAAACAAGGAUUGAAAAGUGCUCUUUACUGGUGGGACGGAUGUCAAGUCAAAAUUCGAGGACACAAACCAUCUUUGUGUAAAAAAUAUAAAUAUGUUGGGUUUGCAUGGCCUAAUGUAAAUGAAGAUACAAAAGAAGCCUUGAUGAACGCUUUACAGCUGUUGGAGAGUAAUGAAAUACAGUUAGCUCAAAUCUAUUACGAGUUAGUGGAUUUCACUGGGCAUAAAUUCGGACCAGAUUCUUUUGAGCUCAGACAAGCUGUAAAAACUAUUGACAGCAUACUGGAUGUCUUGCAACAUGAAAUGACGAGAAGGAAAAUAGAUGAUAAGGUUAAUUUAGUAGUGUUGUCUGAUCAUGGUAUGACUUCAACAGAUUCCAGAGAAUUAACAGUCAUCAAUCUCCAACUAUUGAUAAAUAUUUCAGAUAUAAAAUACAUGGUAUAUUAUGGUGCUAAUAGUAUGAUACUACCGUGUGAAGGCAAGAUAAUGAAAGUAUAUAAAGCUCUCAAAGGAAUAGAUGGACUUCGAGUGUAUUUGAAAGAUGAAAUACCAGAGCAUUAUCACAUAAAAAAUAACAGACUUACCCUUCCCAUAUUACUUGUGGCUUCCAAAAACUAUUAUAUAAAAGGAUUAGAUAUCCCUGGCAAAAGUAUUCCAACCGGAUCGUCAAUUUCAUUAGGUUCACAUGGAUAUGAUCCGUAUGAAGUACCUGAUAUGAGAGGCAUAUUUUUCGCAAGAGGACCAGGUCUGAAAAAGAACUACAUUUCUGAACCUUUGCAGAUGGUGUACAUAUAUAACAUUUUAUGUGAGCUUUUGGGAAUCGAGCCUCUUCCAAAUAACGGAACAAAUACCGUGACGAAAGGAAUAACCGCACUCAGAUAUUCCUCGGGAGUGAAGAUUUCUAAACUGUCUCUAACAAUUCUUGCAUCUACUGUACUUCUCUGCAACUCUAUAAGUCACAGUUAUUUUUCAAGAAUUACCUAAUUAUUGGUGUGCAUUUAUAUUUAUAUAAAGGCGUUUUGAAUAAAAGUGCGCUAUUUUAAUAA